UCCUGAAUGGCGGGUGCUACUUUAUAUACAACAGAAUUAGACCAUUGUCCUUCACAUAUUCCAAAUCCGCGCCCGGAUUCCAUUCUAAUUACACUACUCUGACACAAGGCCAAAAUAGUCAUAGAAUAUCGCCUUGCCUAUAUACCUGACUUUUGAACACUCCUCUGGCUUCGACGGGCCUUGAUGCUCUCGGUGAUAGGACAGUGCAACCAUUGGCUACAGAUAAUACGGUGAAUACAACCCGAGUAUCUGAGCAGUGUGAAGCUAUAGACUUCUGAUGAUAUGCUCUAGUCGCGAAUUGCCCGGGACAAUGGACCUUUUGCCUAUUGAACUCAUCGCCACUAUUGCGGAUCAUUUAGAUUCAACCAUUGACCUUGGAAACUUUCGACUGGCAAACCGAUCUUGUGGCUUCGCUGCGCGCCCCAUGCAAGCGAAGCAUAUUGCCUUUUCGUAUAGUUCCGAGUCCCUCGAGAAUCUUAAUUUGUUCCUCGGAUCGAAUACCGAGUUUGCUCGAUACACGAAGCACCUGAGCAUUUAUGUUGGCCAAUGGCCCGACUCUACUCGGAACGACGGGGCCAAACUUCCCGUGCUUACUACUGGAAGAAUCGAGAAGGCGAUGCAUCGCAGUAGAGAACAUACUUCCGUGGAUAACACACUUGAAAAGCGCCGCAUGCUUAAUCAAAAUGAAACAUCAAAAUGUCUAUUGUCAGAUACGACUACAAUGAACACAGUACUGGGACACCUACCGCGGCUCGAAGAGGUUACAUUGCGUCAGAUAGACACUUGGAAGAAGCUAGCAAACGCGCAGUACCUCAAUCGGUGCCGCGAAAUCGCGAUGUCAACGUUCUUGGAUUCUAUCGGAUCGGCAUUACAAUGUCUGUUUUCUAUCCUGAACGGAUCGCCUAUGAUUCAUAGCCUUGACAUCCAUGCAUGUCUUGAUGCCGACGUGAUAGGCUAUGGCGAAACUAAGUCGAUGACACACAUCAAACGACUUCGUAUCCAUUCGUUGUUGGCGUACUCUGCGCCUCCACAAUUAACAAUGAACCUACUCCGCUCUUUCCCUCAUGUUGAAGAGAUGUCCCUGACGCUAACUAAUCAUGGACUGCAUACUACCGUUCUUUUAGCCGACACUACCUGGGCACAUCUAAGCCGACUCGACAUCGAUGACCUUUGGACCACUGAACAAAUCAUCAAAGUAUUUUUAAAACAACAUCACCACCUCCGUGUCCUUUGCAUGAAGAACGUCACACUAUCACAAGGGACUUGGCACUCACUCUUCAAACACAUACGGCAAAUGCACCCAGCUCUGGAAAUCGUUCCUGACGGAUCUCUGUGCACCGUUGGUCCAAGCUCAAGCGUUGAUUUCAGAGGCAAUGCGGAUCAGAAACAGCUGCUAUUGUGUUUUCUUAAGCGGGCGGAUUUUCCUUGGCCGUUUUGAUUAUGAAUGAGUUUGGCCACGGCUAUGUAUACUACCAAGGUAUACUCGCUUACAGAAUGAAAUGCAGGAUGAAUCUCUCAAAAGCCUUGUCGAAUAUUUUGGAGUCUCAUAGUGUCCAAUUAACGUGUGGACGGCCACGAGUCUAUUAAUAUAUCAUGCACGCUUUCUA